AUGCCCUCAAAGACGGAAGUAUCGGAUGUGUCAAGUGCCAAUGCAACUCAUGGCUCAGCUACGCCGCCCUCCGACAAGGGAACAAUGAUUUCAUCGAAUGGUCCCGCUAGCUCUCACUAUCCUGUAGCUGAGACUCAGGACGAAAGGAAGAAACGACAAGAUGAAUUGUUGAUUGGCGUUGGAUCACAUGUCAACAAAGGCAAGUCCCUCACAGUAGACGACGAAGCAACGUAUCAUUGUUUCGUUCCUGAUUCCCAAAAGCGAAAACACGACACUCAUCGUCGGCAGGGAUAA